AAGAUGGAAAGAAGUGGGAAGGAUUCCCAUGACACUAACCAUUCAGUUCUGACUGUAGUCCUUGCUUUCUAGAUCUCGCUGAUAGUAUGGAUUCACUCAGCACAGCAAAUGCUCAAUUUGGGUUUGACCUUUUCAAAGAGAUGAAGAAAACCGAUGAUGGCAACAUCUUCUUUUGUCCUGCGAGCAUCUCAGCUGCCAUCGGCAUGCUCCCCGGAGGCAGGCCGGAGUCCAGCGCCUCCCAAUUACAGAAGAUGGAGAAGAGUGAAGAGAUACAUCACCAAUUCCAAAAGCUUUUGACCACACUAAGCAAACUCACUAAUGGUUAUGAACUGAACAUAACCAACAGGCUGUUUGGAGAAAAAACAUACUACUUCCUUCAAAAAUACUUAGAUUAUGUUGAGAAACAUUACCAUGCAUCUAUGGAACCUGUUGACUUUGUAAAUGCAACAGAUGAAAGUCGAAAGAAGAUUAACUCCUGGGUCAAAAGCCAUACAAAUGAAAAAAUCAAGGACCUGCUUCCAGAUGGCUCUCUUAGCAGCUCAACCAAGCUGGUGGUAGUGAACGCAGUGUAUUUUAAAGGACAAUGGGACAGGGAGUUUAAGAAAGAAAAUACCAAGGAGGAGGAAUUUUGGCUGAAUAAGACCACAAGUAAAUCUGUGCUGAUGAUGACACAGUGCCAUUCCUUUAGCUUCACUUUCCUGGAGGACUUGCAGGCCAAAAUUCUGGGGAUUCCCUAUAAAAACAAGGAUCUAACCAUGUUUGUGCUUCUGCCCAAUGAGAUAGACGGUCUGGAAAAGAUUAUAGAUAAACUAACUCCUGAGAAAUUAGUAGAGUGGACUAGUCCAGGGCACAUGGAGGAGAGGAACGUGGAUGUGCACUUGCCCCGGUUUCAUGUGGAGGGGAGUUAUGAUCUUGAAGCUGUCCUGGCAACCAUGGGGAUGGCAGAUGUCUUCAGUGAGCACAAAGCGGACUAUUCAGGAAUGUCCCUGUACUCCAGGUUGCACGCCCAGAAGUUCAUGCACAGAUCCUUCAUGGAGGUGACUGAGGAAGGCACCGAGGCUGUAGCUGCCACCAGCAUAAGCCUUACUGUCAUGUCCGCUGCAAGCUAUGAAAACGUUCACUGUAAUCACCCUUUCUUGUUCUUCAUCAAACACAUGGAGUCCAACAGCAUCCUCUUCUUUGGCAGAUUUUCUUCUCCUUAAGACAGUCUUUGCCAUGGCCUUGAUGUUCUCAGGGAAACAAGCACACGGUGUCGGAAUAUUAAUAUGAUAUGGUCGAGGCCUGUUCUUGGAAAUUCUGUUUUAUUUGUUUGCAUUCUAAUCUUGCCAUCAAACUGAUGAUUUCAUGACUGUAAUAGCGCGCGUGUGUGUGU